AUGGGCCCCUACGUGCCUCCAGGCCAAUCGCCACCAUUUGAGGUAGUCGAUGACCUUCACCACGGAGCAUUGAUUAUUAUAUCUACAGCACUGGGCCUAGUAGUCUCACUUGCCUGCUUUUUAAUCCGACUUUAUGUGAGGUUAAUGUUAAUUCCGCCGUUCGCACGAGAUGACUUUGUCCUACUGGGCGCAACAGUAUUCGGAGUCAUCCAGUCGAUCCUAGUAUUCUUCGCCUGUUCAAGAGGAUUCGGCACAUCACUCUCCCUACUUAGAGAGAACCGACUAAACCAGAUCCAAGAUUUAAUGGCCACAAGCGAUGUAUUCGCUUUAGUAGUAAUCUACCUCUCGAAAUGCUGCGUCAUCGCAAUCUACCUUCGCCUCACACCACAAAAACCACAUAAUAAAGCGUCUUGGGCUACUCUCGCCCUUUGCACUGCCUGGCUGAUUCCUGCUAUUCUCAUAUUAUUGAUUGGCUGCGAGUUGAAUAGACCCUGGAGGUUGCAAGGUGGACAAUGUCAUAAUUUGUUUAAGCGAUGGCAAUUCAUAGCAGCAGUCGACAUAAUCACCGAACUCAUAAUCUUUUUCUUAGCUGUCGCACUACUGGAAGGUCUCUUCAUGUCAAUAAAACGCAAGCUAGGAAUCGGCUUCGCAUUUAUGUUCCGGUUUCCUCUCAUAAUAUUUACACUCCUCCACAUCUCCACCCUCCACACUACGCUAAAAGAAAACGACAUCACCCUCGCCGCCGUUAGACCCUCCAUGUGGCUACAAGCACAAAUGCACUAUUCCCUGGUCGCAUGCAGCGUAUUCUGUCUUCGACCCUUCAUGGCAGCCGUGAGCACAAAUUAUGGGACAGCGGGAGACACGAAUCUUGAGAGUAGUGUGUCAGCGUCACGAUCACGCGAGACGAAGGGGAGUUCGAACUCGAAUUCCAAAGUGGCGGGAUCAAAUUCAGCGUCUCGAUCUGGGUCUUUCUCUCGGGUUCGGAGAAAGAGAGCUGGGACCAGUGUUUCAAGAGUGCUGAGAUCGGGGUCAAAAGAGGAGCUUUGUCGGGAUCAUUAUGUGCAUGGCGGAGUCGGUGAUGGGGAUGUAAUAUACUUGGACACUGGUCGAGAUGGGUUGAAGAGACGAUCGCCGGUUCCUGGACAAAGUGUGAAGGAGUGUGACGUGGAGGUGCAAGCUCCGCUGCGACGAUCUCUUUUCCCACUUUCUGGGGCUAAUGUCAAGACUGAUAAAGGGAAGGUUGGAGGAAGGGGGACGGGGACAGGGUCUACACUGGAGUUUGAGCCUGGUUCUGAUUGUAUUGAACUGAUGCCACAGUUGCAUAGGCAGUAUGGACGUCCAGAGGAGACGGCGUCAACUGACGGCGAUGUUCCAGAGAAGAUGGUUAUUCGGAAGGAUGUUGCAUACUCGGUUGAGUUUGAGUAUGAUGAUGAAACACCAGGACAGAGGGUUUCGAAGCAGAGUUCCACUGAUGCGAUGGCUUAUGUGUAA